UAUAUAUAAUAUUAUAUACAUAUUAUUAUAUAAUAUAACGAAUAAAAGAAUUGAAAGAGAAAUACGAACUCAAACGUGACAUCUAUCUUAUUUAGUUUAAAUUAACAUUUUGAAUCUUUUAUCCGUAACAGACGUAGCGUUUCGGCCAGACGCUUUCUGGUCCCUAUCAAAUAGAAAUUCACAAAGGACCUAAGUAACAAUAUUAAUUCAUAUACUUAUAUAAAAACAAUAUGGUUGCUGAAAGAAUUAUAUGUUAUUUAAUUACAUUUAACAUCUAUCUAUUGUGGAAUGAAAAACAUCAAGUAUUGCUUUGGGAUUUAUAGGGAAGCACGUCUACAUCUCAUAAUUUUUGUCCAAAUCCCUUUACAACUCAGUGGAAAAAGAUAGAAAAACAAUGCAAAAGUCAAGUUUAAUUUUUUUCAUAAUUCUGCUCUAGAGAAAGUUAUCUGAUCUAUGAGAUACUUUUGUUGAACUGUGUAAUGAUUAGAAUUGUUUGUUGCUUACUUCGUGAUCUAUUCCGUUUUUUUUAUUAAUCUGUGUUAAUUUGUCAUUACAUACAGACGAACAAAAAGAAAUCCUUAAAAUGGUUAUUUUGCAUGAUGAUGAAUAUUAUCGAAAUAGAGUACCCGAACCCGAUUUGGGAGCACUUCGAAAUUUUCGGCGAUUUGUUUGGAAUCCAGAUAGAAGACAAUUGCUUGGUAGAAGUGGAAAAGAAUGGGCUUUGCUGGGACUUUUCUACUUUUGUUUCUUUACCGUCUUGGGUUCAUUGUUUGUAUUACAAAUGUGGAUCAGUAUCGACUACGCUUCAAAAUUAGAAAGACCGUUUUUCCUUUAUAGCGGUUUAACACCUAGAUCUUAUUUCGGCAGCAACUUUCCACUUUUUCGUCAAUUAAAUUUUGAUAGUCCAGGUAUUGCCUUUAAACCGAAUAUUUUAUUAGCCAAGAAAUCUCCUAUUAUUUGGGUAGAUAAUUCUAGUGCGAACGCUCGUCCAAAAAGAUACGUGGAAGCCUUGAGCGAUUUUUUACAAGAAUAUAAUAAAAGUAAAGAGAAAUAUAAUACUUUUACGGAAUGCAAUGAUGGGAUAUCAAUUGGAUCUAGUACAAGAACAUGUUUUUUUGAUAUUGAAACCCUUGGCGUUUGUGGACAGCCUCCAUAUGGAUACACAGAUCCAUUGCAGCCGUGUGUCCUCAUCAAAUUUAAUAAAAGAUUUAACUGGGUACCAAUUCCUUAUAAUAAAUCAUCUCAUUUACCAGAAAACAUGCCACAUGCUUUGCAAAAGAUUAUACAAUUUUCAAACAAGCAGAUAGCUUACGCAAGAAUAUUACGCCGGCAAGCUAGAAUCGAAGCCUUUGAUGCCGCUACAUCUGGGAAUAAGGGUUCACUGUAUGGCCCUGGAGUGGAUGACUUUAUAUAAGUCCUGUACGAGCUGCAAUUGGCACCGCGGAACACCUUUUUUUAACAAGGUCUUGCGACGAGGACAAUAUCUCCGCUAUUUUUAAAUAUUUUUAGUUCAAAUUUAUUCUGAAACAUGUUUUAAGAAUGUAUUUUAAAGUAAAGAAAACUAGGAUUAAUUACAUACAUUACGUUUCGAAAAAAAAAAUCGAGAAAAAAGCCUAUUUUUUACGUCUCUGAGUGUAUGUAGCUCCUUAAUAAAAACUAGCUUUAUGUAUACACAUAUAUACAAUACAUACAAUAUACACAUAUAUACAAUAUACAAUAUAUAUAUAUAUAUAACAGAAUAUUUAUGAAGUAUUUGAAAGGCAAUUUUGAAUCGAUCUUCUAAAAAAUCAAUUUUUUGCAUUUUAUUUUUAUUUUUGAAAUCACUUUAAAUUCAAUCGAGAUUCGAUCUAAAAAAGACUUUGAUUAAUCUAAUUAAUUAUUUUUUGAAACUAAUUGUAAGGUCAAUCUUAUAACAAUAUAAAAUUUAUAUUAGCGCAUCUCAGACGACAAUAUGUUAUCAAAAAGAUUUUUAAAAGAUUUUAUUAUUUUGAAUAUGAUAAUUAAUUAAAAGAAACUUUUAAAAGAUCAUAUCUAAAAAUUUUUUAAUAUUAUCUAAUGCUUUAUUUUAAUAAAAAUCUUAUCUAAAAGAUUUCUCAAAUAGGAUAUCUUUAAUAUAUCUACGUGUAAAGUAUGUAUAAAUAUUAUGAUAAUAUUACUAAUCCUACAGUAUUACCGUGAAUAAACUUUUUUCCAAGUGUUAAUUUAUUUCAAUAUAUAGUUUUUGUUAUUAAAGAAGAAUUUAAACAAAACAAUUUUGAUCCUCAAAGUGGUAAAUGAAAGCAAUAUGUUUUUCGUAGUUUUUGAGUUGCUGCAUCUAAAGCUGACUUAAUAUUUUUAACUGAUUUAAUAUUUUUAAUUUAUAAAAAAAAAUUAAAAUUAGCGUAUGAAAUUAUAAAAGCUAUUAUAUGUAUGAUACUUAAUAAAAGUCCAAAAUUAUA